UAUAUCAAUGUACUUAGCUUCCACAUUAAAUAUUAUUCAAUAUGGUUGCAAUAAUAUUGCCUUCAUUUGCUGCAAGAUUAGUCAUUCUGUUGUUGUUCUUGUUUAAUGGUUUUCAUUUGGGGUAUGGUUUGAGCUCAGAUUACUACUCAAAGACAUGCCCUAAUUUUGAGGAAGUUGUGACAAAUGCAGUGAAGAAAGCCAUGGGCAAUGAUCAGACUGUUCCUGCAGCACUGCUCAGAAUGCACUUCCAUGACUGCUUCAUUAGGGGAUGUGAUGGGUCAGUGCUAUUGAGAUCAAGUGGGAAUAACACAGCAGAAAAAGAUGGACCCCCAAACAUAUCAUUGCAUGCAUUCUAUGUCAUUGACCAUGCAAAGUCUGCAGUUGAAAAGUUGUGUCCUGGUGUGGUUUCAUGUGCUGAUAUUUUAGCCUUAGCUGCCAGAGAUGCUGUCUCCCUUUCAGGUGGUCCCAGAUGGGAGGUUCCAAAAGGAAGGAAGGAUGGGAGGAUAUCAAAAGCAAUUGAUACAAGACAACUACCAGCCCCCACUUUCAACUUCUCCCAAUUGAAACAGAGCUUCUCACAAAGAGGCCUUUCCAUUCAAGACCUAGUUGCACUUUCAGGUGGUCACACACUGGGCUUCUCCCACUGCUCUUCAUUCCAAAACAGAAUCCACAACUUCAACACAUUGAAUGAUGUGGACCCAUCAAUGAACCCAACUUUUGCAAACAGGCUAAGAAAUGUGUGUCCACUGCACAACAAGGUCAAGAAUGCAGGCUCAACAAUGGAUUCAACUCCAACCCUUUUUGACAACACUUAUUACAAAAUGGCCCUCCAAGGCCAAAGUUUAUUUUCAUCAGACCAAGCUCUUCUCACUGAUCACAAGGCCAAAAAUCUUGUCAUUAAGUUUGCUAAUUCUCAUGAUGAGUUUUAUCAAGCAUUUGUUAAGGCUAUGAUCAAGAUGAGUAGUUUGAAUGGUGGCCAAGAAGUUAGGUUGGAUUGUAAGGUUGUUAAUUAGAUGAAUUUAUUCAUGAGGGGUUUAUGGUAAUUUAGCAUUAAGUUAAUUUUAUCUGUUUUUGUGUGAUCAUUUUCAUGUUUAUGUGGAUCAAGGAAUAAGAGAAUUUGUGAGUUUGAUUUAUUGCAA